AUUCUCAAUGUUUAUUAUGUUUUCUGCAAAAUGCAUACAGUAUUUAAACAAGAAAAAUCAUUUUUUUUCUUUUCUUUUUUUUCGGAGCUGGGGACCGAACCCAGGGCCUUGUGCUUGCUAGGCAAGUGCUCUACCACUGAGCCAAAUCCCAACCCCAAAUUCAUUGUUUAAUGUACCACCGAUAACGUUGACAGAGGUUGAGUGGAUUAACAAGUAUAGUAUAUGCAAAAGCAAAAAGAUAAAUCAUGAAGCAUUUGCAAAUGUACAUCCUGCUUGUGGCUUUAAGACAGACACAUCAUCAAGGCAGCAAAAGGCCAAACUGCCCUAAGACAGACACUGGAAAGUUCCAUCUACUCAGUGGCCUCUUCUGGCACAAUCUUACAUCACAACCUAUGCAGAGAAUUAGAUUUUUCAAAUCCUGAAGAAAGGGCAUUUUAAAUUGGCAUAGUCAGCUUCAGAAUUUUAAUGAGGCCAAUUGUCAAAGGUUUGCUUUGGUUUGAUAUUAAAACAGGGUCCUCUGUAGCCUCAGAGAGGAUGCAGACGAAGUAGCCAAGGUUGACCUCAGAUUUCCAGUCCUCUUGCCCUCCGCCCCCUCUGAAUGCUGGAACUGCAGGUGUAAAGUCCCAUGCUCACGUGGUGCUGGCCAGCAAACCCAGAUCUCCCUGCAUGCUAGAGAAACACUUCACCACAUCAUCUACAGACGCAGCCAAAUUUCCUUUCAAGGACAUGCCCAUCCUCUGAGAGUCCAACCCUAUGUUGAUUUUCCUCGUGACAGCGGGAUAUUUCAGCUCGGUGAUUACUCAGGUCACCCAGAGAGCUUAUUUGAUCCAAAGCUGCUGUAUCAGUCACCAGGCCUGAGUCAGAGCUUGGACAGGGCACAGCUGUAGCUCCCUGAACGGCAAAUACCUUGCCAUAGCGGUUGCUGGGGAAAUAUGUCGGAAACCUGUCUUCAGAGCUUGCUGGGAAUCUGCUGGGUGAGGUGCUGGGGAACGCUGUGGAUAGUGAGGAUAGAGGACAUUUCACUGGAGACACUUCACUGCGAAACCGCCUGAAGGGGAGCUGGCCAGGGCCACUGUGUGCAGUAUAGACAAGUGUGGCCGAAGCUGCCCAUGCAGAUAGAUUAGGGUCUCGGCAGCUGCACUGAACAAAGUGAGCCUUAGUAACCGCAGAUCCGAAUUAUUGAAUUCAUGCAUGCCUCCCGUCUUGACCACGGUAGCCACAUUUUGUGUGUACAGGAACAGUGAGACUUGCAUGGUCCUGGCUAGACAAAGAGACUGCUGAUCUCUAUGGUGACCAAGCUGGCCAGUACCUGCCUCCCUGCAGUGGGAGCCCUCCCAUGACUUUUCUGUGCAGUGUGGCUAUCGGUAUCCACUCGAGAGAAACCCAUCCACCCACACCCGCCUUCCCUAACGUCCCGGCCACAGACUGUCUUACUCCCUCCAUGCCUCUGACCCUUCAGGCCAAACAAUUUGUAACCGUGAGUGGAGUGGCUUUGAGCCGUCCUUCUGGCCACCUCUAACACUAGACAAACAUGCCUUCACUGUGCACUGCUGGGAGGGUUUCCCUUCACUGUCAUCCUCCAGGGGCCACAGAACUGCCCCCAUCCCCAGCGCUGCUGUCUACUCAUGAGCAGCUACAGCAACUGUAUGCACCGGCUUCUAAGACGGCUGUUUCUCUUUCUCAGACAGUGUAUUUAAACGCACUGGUCUCUAAAAUAACCAGGUAUUGUCUAAAAUGUCCUUCUGUGAGAAUCUUCUCUUCCCCAAACAACUCUAGACUUGUGGUUCCUGAAACUCCGGGCCAACAGCAAGUUCCACUGCCUUAACUUCUGAACACCGGUAAAAUACUUCCACAACUCCUGGGACGUUGUUUGGAAUUCAGAAUGACUCAUUUACACACUGACUCUCUACAAGAAAUGCAUUCAAGAACAUAUGAUGUCGCUCACGGAUCAGAGCCAUCUGACGGCAGGAUUUGGAGGACACCUCUGAAAGGGCCCCAGGUACUGCGUCUCCAAAGAAGAGAGUAGAGACAUAGUUUCAGCAGAAACAGAAGGUUGAUACACUUUCAAGGCAGAGGAAGUGGACCAGAACCAAUGGAGACCUAGAGUCAUUCAGCCCUGCCGUGGGGAGAAUGAAUGGGGUCUUUCAUGUCUAAGGCACGGGCUUCGGGGCUCAUGCUCAUAGCACAAGAUGUUCCUUGCGUGCUUUCUACUGUCACGUGUAAUUCUAGAUACAGUUUCCAUGUGGUUACAUCUCAUUUGCACGGUGAGUCGUCACCCAGGGCAGUGAAGAGGUCUGGCGGUAUAAGGUAUAAUGAGCCAAAGACGCCUUUCAGACACUGGAACCCUCUGCACCUGCAGCACUGGCUGGCGCUGGCUGGCCGUGCAGGGGGCUUAGCCUUUCUCUUGACCAAGUGUUUUAUAUGCGAAUUUGUUAUAAGGCUUUCUAUAUGUCUCUACCCCUAGUCUCCCUCCUACACUCUAGCACAUUCGUGAUUCCUGAAAUGAAAGGGUCACUCUUCUCAUGAAUGUGCAUGACGGUCUGUUGGGUUUGAGGCAAGAACUGAGGUUUCUGAGGACAGCAUGGAGGUGACUCAGCCUGGUCCUGAGACCUUUUCUCUGUGAAACAGCAGGUAGUGGGUAGUCCCGAUCAGUCUGUAAUAGGAUAAGCUGUCACUGUCAGUACAAUAAAAAAAGACAGACAGAUGGACAGACAGACUGGCAGACUGAGGGACAGACAGGUUCGGGAACCCAUUUAGAGUAUCCCAAAUUCUAUGUUCCAGUGAGGGAGAUUCCAUGAAGUUUUUAUGGAAACAGAACACACACCACAGAUGAGGACACUUUUCACACGUGCUGGUAGAAACGUUUGGAGAUGGUUAGAGUGAAGCGGGGAAUGGCAGAUGUAGGCCUCACAUGCUGUCUAAUGACGCCCUUCACUUUGGAUUUGGUGGAAGCUAGGGUCUACUAAGCUAAACAGGUUUCAGAAACCUGUGCCUAGAGGUGCACACCUUUAAACCCAGCACUUAGGGUGCAGAGGCAGGAGGAUCUCUGUGAAUUCCAGGCCAGCUUCACCUAUAUACAGAAUUCUAGGGCAGCCAGAGCUACAAGGGGAGACCCUGCCUUAAAAAGAGGGGUGGAGGAAGGGAAAGACAGACCGCAGACAGACAGACGACAGAUGGAGAAGGGAUUUACCUGAGUCACAGGGAUGUUAGAUCAGAUAGACACAGAGGUGGGAGAGGAAUCGCUAAUAAGGCUAAACCCAGUCCAAGGUAAACUGUAAUGUGCCUCUGACCCUGCAACCUUUCAACCUCUCCACAGUCACUGAAAUUCCAAGCCUUUAACCAGCCUUGUAGGUUGAGCGGGAGGCAUGGCUUUCCUCCGGGAACUUCCAUUCACUUCCCUGAACGGGUUGAAGGAGAGGAGAGGAUCACAGUUGAGGGGAAGAGAAAUCUGAGCUCAGCCAAGCAUCCCAAAAUAGCUGAAGAGCCGAAUUAUAACUGUGCAGAUUGAUCCUUCCAGUCAGCCCUUCCUAAGCUCCUUUGCUGGCAGGAAGGGUCUAAUUCAAUUAGGAAAGGCUUGGAGGGAAAAGGCUCCCACAGUCUCCAGCCCGGCUGGGCGCCCUUGGUGCUCACCAGGUUAUUUUGAGUCAUCCCUCACUGGUGCACAGGAGCCUAUCCUGAGCAUGCUCAGUAGCACUCAGUGGGACACUCUGCCCUACACUACCUACCCAGCUCUAUUCCUGCCCUGCAUUCGCCCUUCAGUGUCUCUAUUCACACGUUGAAAAAUGCUUAUUUUUAUGUGUAUGAUGUACAGAAAUGCUGUGUGUAUGUGUGUGUGUGUGUGUGUGUGUGUGUGUGUGUGUGUGUGUGUGUGUACAUACCACAUGGGUGCAUGGUACCUGCAGAAGAGGGCAUCAGAUCUCCUAGAAUAGAAUUAUAGGUGUUUUUAACCAUGUACGUGUUAAGAACUGAGCUGAAUUCCUCUGCAAGAGAAGAGAAUGCUCUGAACUACUGAACCAUCUCUUUACUACCAUACAUUUUUCUUUUUUCUUUUCUUUUUUUCUUACUUUUUUUUUAAGCUAGAAAACUUACAUCUGUGUUGAGUAAGAUUCAAUAAGAUCAAAUGAGGAGUUAGAAUUAGAAUUAUAUGGUUGGGUCUGGAGAGAUGGCUCAGUGGUUAAGAGUACUGACUCCUCUUCCAGGGGUCCUGAGUUCAAGUCCCUGGUGGCUCACAAUCAUCUGUAAUGGGAUGUCAUGCCCUCUUUUGGUGUGUCUGAAGAGAUUGACAGUAUACUUAAAUACAUAAUCUAAAUAAACCCUUUUUUUUAAAAAGAAUUCUAUGGUUAUAUUUCAUCAGAAAAACAAAAGUAAGACAUGCAUCCGUCUUGUUUCUUCGUGUUAGAACAGAAGAAAACUGGCCCUGAUGUCCACGCUCAAAGUGCAAGCCAGAGUGAACAGAGGUCACUGGGGAAGAAUUGUCAUCAGCAGUGUCCCUCAGCUAUGGUCCCGGCAUACCACGCUACUGACCAAAAAGGCAUGAUAUGUACACUGGUGCAACAGUGUCCCCUCUGUGAUGGGAAUAACCAAUGACUCUGGCUGAAUUUUAGGCUCAGUCCUCACUAGACAGUCACAUCUGGUACUGUAAGCCUGGUCCAGAGCCAUGGGACAUCAUAGGUCCUGGUAGGGGAGCUGUCACUGCUAUUAUGCUAAGUGCACAUAGUGUAUCUCUCACAUUGACUUGUAAAUCAUUCUGGUUAUUUAUAGCGCCAUCAGCUUUGGUCAGAGAAGCUUCUGGGUACCGAUAAGUGCAGAGACCCAGUCCGAAUGUGUCAGCCUGAUGAGAAUACUCAGUCUGAAUGUGUCAGCAGGACGAGAACAACUGACUACUGAUUGCUCAUCCAUAAAUGGGGUGUCUGCACCCCCAAGGUUCAGGGAACAUCAUAAAAGAAGGGAGGAGAGAAUGAAUAUUAGCUGGAGGUCACGGUGGAGUGUUGUGGAACUCUGUCUUCCAGACAUGACAUGGCCAUUGUACCCUUGAAUGUGCACCAGCUAUGAUUUCCUGCACAUGACUUACACACAAGGGUGGAACUGCUAGCAUCCUGUCAUGGAGAUGGGGGGAGCUAUAGCUGGGGCAGGGACAGUGACCACUGGUAAGGCGCCCACACUCCUGUAAACGAUGCCUUACUCAUGCUCCUGUAGGCAACCUUAUUGAAACAUGCACACACAUGCACGCACACAUGCACAGGCACACACACACAGAGUAGAGGUAGAAAGGGGACUAGUUGGAAGAGAGGGAAUCAUCGGAGUGGAAGGAAGACAAAGUGAGGUGCGUAUGAACAAUACACUGUAUGUUCAUACAAUCAACAUAUACAAAGAAGAGUAUAAGUAGACUGACAGGUAUGGUCCUACGGUGUAACUCACCAUAGAUGAGUGGAUGUUCUUUUCUUUUUCUCCUCUUGGUAUUACAGACAGGGUUUCUGUGUAUCUCUGGCCCACCUGGAACUCACUCUGUAAGCCAGGUGGCCUCAAGCUCAGAUCUAUCUGCCUCUGCCUCUGUCUCUGCCUCUGCCUCUCUGCCUCUCUCUGCCUCUGCCUCUCUGCCUCUCUCUCUCUCUGCCUCUGCCUCUCUGCCUCUGCCUCUGCCUCUGCCUCUGCCUCUGCAGUGCUAGGAUUGAAGACGUGCCACCAUACCUGGCUGCUCUUCUCUUUCUUGCAAAAAUCAUUCUUCAUGAGGCAGGGAAGAAGAGCUCGGAGGUAGGAAGUAUAAUCAGCACAGAUGCAGCCUGGACCAAACACAAGCAACUAGGGCAACAGCAACAAGAACCAGGACCACACAAACCUAGAAUAUUCUUUGUCAGUGUCUGGAAACCAUGUUUAUAAAAAUAAAAACUCAAAGUAUAAGAAAUAAAAAAAUAUACAUUUAGAAUCUUCCUAAAAAACAAACAUUUUGACUAGACAUAGUGGCAUCUACCUACAGUGCAAUUACUUGGGGAGCGAGGGCAGAAGGGUCUCGUGAACCUGGACUCUUGGCCAGGCAGCACAGUAAGACUGUCCUAGAACAAAACAUCUGCAUAAGUUAGAACUCUAAAGCGAUGUUGACACCGUCUAUACAAGUGAAGACUCAGAGGCAUCCAUUUUGGCACUGUCUCCAGAUAACGUCUGGUAGGCUACAGCUUUGGUAACAAGGACACCUGUGGUGUACAGUGGUGCUGACAGGAAAAGACGUCACGCUCUGCAGCUGCCCGGGUCAAUGUGUCGGCCACCUGGUACCUCUAGAACCAGGCUCUCCCACUCUACCUCCAGGUAAAGUUCACUGCUGGUAUAUGUACACUUCUGUCUUAGUUACUGUUCUGUUGCUGUGAAGAGACAUCAUGACCAAGACAAUUUACAAAAGAAAGCAUUUCAUAGGGAGGUGGCUUGCUUACAGUUAGAGGGUGCGUCCAUGUCUGGUACUUUGAAAAUGGUUCCUAUAGGCUUACAGGAAGUGGCACUAUUAGAAGGCGUGGCCUUGUUGAUGGAAGUGUAUCGAUGGGGGAGGGUUUUGAGAUCUCAGAUGCUCAAGCAAGGCCCAGUGUGACACUUUCUUCCUGAUGUCUGCUGUUCUGUUUGUCUGGGGUGCUUUAAAAAACACCUAGCCUAAAAGCAGGCUGACAUAAAAAUGUGUUUGCUUUGGAGGAGACAUUCUUUAGAUUAUUUAAAUUGAAGUUAUAGGGCUGAUAAUAAAAAUAAACUCUAUUCUGUUGUAUUUUCUAGUUGUGACUGAACUUGUAACCCUGGACAUUCAAUGAAAAGUCAAAUUCAUAAUCUGUACUUCUUGAAUAAUCUUGUUCUGGGAAAUCUGCAUAAGUAAAAAAAAAAUCCGAUUGCUAGUCCUACAGUUGGAGCUGUAAGAACCCUGGACCAUCUGUGCCUGACUCACUCCUCCCUCCCUUAUAUCCUCUGUGGGCCGGACUGCCCUGUCAGCAAUGCACCAGUCAAGAGAGAAGUUAUUUUUUACUAUUAAAACCGCUUAUCAACUGUUGCAGGAUAUUUGACCACACUGAACUCUGAGAUUAUGUUGUUUACUGGGGGAAAAACUGCUUCUAGUUGUGGUGUGGUUCAGCCUUAGCACAUACCUUUAAUCCCAAACAAUGAAGGUAAAGUUAGUUUGUGGAAGGAAACACUGUGUUUGAAAAUGAUACCUAAUUGAGGGUUAGACAAAGUGACAAAUCAGGGGAAGAUUCAACAGGAUAUGCCCAACACUCAGGAGAAGGGAGAGAAAAAGAGGCUACUUAAGAGAGAGCAGCACCGAGAGAGAAAAAAGAAGUUUGGCAGGGAAAAUUUUACACAGGCAGAUUGAAGAGAGAACAAGCUAGACGCAGGCGAAGACAGAAUGAUCCAGAGAAUGAGAAGGAGCCAGAAGGUUGGAAUAGAUUGCCAGAGAUAGUUUGAAGCAAAGAGAGAAUCCAGAGUGAAUUGGUCAGCUUGGAGAAGGAUUGGGCCAGAGCAGCUGAGUUGAACCAGCCAGCCAGAGUACAGAAAGAGUGAGCUUAUUCUGCAGUCAGUCUCAGAGGCUGGAAACAUCUAGGCUUAGAUAAGAUUGUACUGAGGCUGCAAGCUUCCAGCACUAGGUCUAGGUGAGCAGACAGAGGCAGUAAACCUGGGAGAGGACAAGAGGUGAAUCAAGUUGCAUGUAUAGCCUUGCUUCCCCUUGGUUCCACUGUAAUUACAUUUACAAUUAAUUUUCCAAGUCAGAAACAAGUCAGACUGCAAUCUGAUGCAACUGGCAUGAACUGGUCUGACCUCUCUCUGGUGGUUCAGGACUCUGCUCUAUGCACAGUAACAUCCCUGAGGUCACCUAUGCUGGCUAGUUUUAUGUCAACUUGACAAACUAGAGUCACCUGAGUGUCUGGAACCUCAACUGAGAAAAUGUCUCUAUAAGAUAGGGCCGUGGGGAAGGCUGUAGGGCUUUUUCUUAAUUAGUGAUUGAUAAGGGGAAACACAGCCCACUGUGGGUGGGCCCAUUCCUAGGCUGGUGGUCCUGGAUGCUGUAAGGGAGCAGGCUGAGCAGUGUAGUAAGCAGCGCUCCUCCAUGGCCUCUGCAGCACCUACUAUCUCCAGGUUUCUGCCCUCUUUUUUGUGCCCUGACUGCCUUCCAGGAUAAACUGUGGUAUAGAAAUGUAAGCCAAAUAGCCCGUCCUUUCCUCCUCAAGUUACUUCUCUCACGGUGUUUCACUGUUGCAGUAGGGAUCCUGAGACAGCACCCCUGGGAGAUUCUGCUCAUGCCAUGUCCAGACUUACGAGUUCCUGACCACAGGGACAGUCUCCUUGAAGGUGGGUUCGGAUAGCGGAUAGAAUGGCUCUUCUCCGUGGAUAAAUGCUUUCUUCCUUGAGUGGAUUUCCACUAUGGCAAAGGAAUGUGAGCAAGGCUGGGAGACCCACACGCCUGGCACUGAGGGAACUGAGCCGCAGUCUCAAAGUCAGCUGCACUUCUAUUUUGGCGUCUAGGCACUAGCACAGAUUUAUGCAACUCCAAAAUAGGAAGUCUACUCGGAAAGAGAGCUUUCAGAAAGAAGUGGAGCCAGAACUUCUUGAUAUCAACAAAGCUGUUGACGAAAAGCCUUCAGUAUGAAGAAAGUAAAGCCGAGGGUUUCAUGGAAGUGUCAACUUGCAUAGACGCUUUAAAACGCAGCGAGAGCUCGUGUUCGGAGUGGUUUUCUACUCAGAAAGAUCAUUUUGUAUUACAACGGAAUCAAUUACUUGACCGUAUUGAGACUUUGCUUAAAGACUAUCUCUCCCAAAUAAAAAUGUUAUAGUUUGGUUAAUCAGAAUAUUUGAGUCUUCUUUCUAAAUUAUUGCUGGGUCUUUGCAGAUAUGUAAACAAGGAUACUUGCUAAGGGGCCAACAGUUAAGAGAGUACUGUAAAAAGCGUUUAAGGACGCUUUUGUACUGUGACCUCUUUUUAAGAUUUAGAACAUAAAAUUAUCUUAAAGAAUUCUGUUAAAAGUAUGGCUUACUCCUAAUAUCAACAAAACUUUUUUUUUUUUUUUGGUUCUUUUUUUUGGAGCUGGGGACCGAACCCAGGGCCUUGUGCUUCCUAGGUAAGCGCUCUACCACUGAGCUAAAUCCCCAGCCCCUCAACAAAACUUUUUAAAAUUAAGCUUACAAACUGGGAUCUUUAGAGAUGGCUGAAUGAUUUUCACCAUAAUAGAAAAAAUUAAGUAUAAAUAUGAUGUCAUCGUUAUAGGAAAGGUCAAUCGAUACCUGUAGCUCCCUUCAGACAUCUUUUACCUGUUACAGGUUGGUUGAUCACACUGUAAACCCCGAGAUUAUGUUAUUUACUACAAAAACUAAACGAGCAGACAAGGCCUCUUUCUAGUGGUGGUGUGACUGAGCCUCAGCGCACACUGUGGAUCCAAGAGCUCUCUGCUGGGAUACUGACUGCCAACAGGGUUAAUAAAGUCAACCAGGGGUCAACGGGUGAAGCGAGUAACCCGCUGACAGGAAGUGAGCACAGACUUUAUUUUAAAGCCUGUAAGUAAGGGGGAGUCAGGAGGGUGGAUAGAUGCCCACAAGGGAGAAGGGAGACACGUUCAGUUGGAAGGAGGAUUUUUGAGACAGCAUGAGAGAGGGGAAUUUUCUAGGACUUCAGCUGAGGAGGAAGGCCAGCUGGGGGCUUUCUCUGUCUCUCAGCAAGCAGGCUUUCAGCCUUCCAGCAUCUGGCUCCAGAGUCUUCAUUGGUAACAUCAAAUGACUGAGAUUUUGAUUAAAAACAUUUACCCUUAUUUAAAUUUAUGCAGAAAACACUGAUAGACUUAAAGCUGUUAUUGUUAGUAUUAGCAAUGCCUCUGGGCUCUGCCAACAGCUACCUAGGAACAGCGGCCAUCUUUACUUGCCAGGUACAAGCCAGGAGCCAGGUGUAGAAGGCCAUGCUCUUCUGCGCGCACUCUCUCUGUCUCUCUGUCUCUCUGUCUCUCAUAUUCUCUCCCUCCUCCUUCUUUACUCUCUCCCUCUGUUGCUUCCUGUUCCUGUCCUGCCCUUCUUCUCUCCUCUCCCCUUCUCUCUGUCUCUUUCUCUCCCCUUCUCUCUGUCUCUACCCCUUUCCAAGAUCCCCUUCCCUUCCCCCAAUAAAUCUCCUUUUAUAUUAGGCCUGUUCUAAGCCUAAUUUUUCUCAGCAUGGGCCCCCCAGAUGCUUGCUCCCACUGCAUUAUACCGUCAUUUAAAAAAAAAUAGCGGGUCCGGGCGGGCGGUGCGAGCCCUCCCUCUCUCCCCCGCGCCGCCUCACGGGUGCGGCCCUUGCUUCACCCCGACGCCCGGCGUGCGCGCCUGCCCGCUCGCCCGCCCGCCCUCCCGCAGGCCCGGGGCUCCAGCCCGCUCGUCCGCCGCCGCUCGCCGCGGCCCCGCUCGCGUCCACGCUGCCUCCCGGGCCGGCGCGGCCGCGGGCCACCGCUGCCCCUCCCGCCGCCACCCCGCCCCCUCCCCGUCUGUUUCGCCCGCCCGCCGCCGCCGCUCCGGAUGAGGUGAUGGCAACGGCUAACUUCGGCAAGAUCCAGAUCGGGAUUUACGUGGAAAUCAAGCGCAGCGAUGUCUGUGUUAUGAUGACCAACAAUAGUCAGCUGUGAAUUAGAAGUCCAAGAAUCUAGUAGUUGUUCAGUCCACGAGGCUAUUGUUUCAGCUAGUCUUCGGAAGAAGUAGAUUCCAACAGACGUGCUGAGAAGCAAAUGCAAGCGGAAGAGCGAAUCUUCCUUCUUCAAUGUCCUUAUGUAGGUCUCCAGCAGAAGAUGUGACCCAGGUUAAAGGCCGAAUACACCAGGCAAUGGUGACAUCAUUAAAUGAAGAUAAUGAAAGUGUCACAGUCGAGUGGAUAGAAAAUGGAGACACAAAAGGAAAAGAGAUUGACUUGGAAAGCAUCUUUUCACUUAACCCUGACCUUGUACCUGAUGAAGACAUUGAGCCAAGUCCAGAAAUACCUCCACCCUCCUCAUCCUCAAAAGUAAACAAAAUUGUAAAGAACCGACGGACUGUGGCAUCUAUUAAGAACGACCCUCCCCCCAGAGAUAAUAGAGUGGUUGGUUCAGCACGCGCACGGCCUAGUCAACUUCCUGAGCAGUCAUCUUCUGCACAACAGAAUGCACGUAGAAAAUCUAAUUGUGUGAAAGAAGUAGAAAAAUUGCAAGAAAAACGAGAAAAAAGAAGAUUGCAACAGCAAGAACUUAGAGAAAAAAGAGCCCAGGAUGUCGAUGCCACAAAUCCAAAUUACGAGAUUAUGUGUAUGAUCAGAGACUUCAGAGGGAGCUUGGACUAUAGACCCCUCACAACAGCUGAUCCUAUUGAUGAACAUAGGAUAUGUGUUUGUGUAAGAAAACGACCACUCAAUAAAAAAGAAACUCAGAUGAAAGAUCUUGAUGUCAUCACAAUCCCUAGUAAAGAUGUUGUGAUGGUUCAUGAACCCAAACAGAAAGUAGACUUAACAAGGUACUUAGAAAACCAGACAUUUCGUUUUGAUUAUGCCUUUGAUGACUCAGCUCCUAAUGAAAUGGUUUACAGAUUUACUGCCAGGCCACUGGUGGAAACAAUAUUUGAAAGGGGCAUGGCUACCUGCUUUGCUUAUGGGCAGACUGGAAGUGGGAAAACUCACACUAUGGGUGGUGACUUUUCAGGAAAGAACCAGGAUUGCUCUAAGGGAAUUUAUGCAUUAGCAGCUCGAGAUGUGUUUUUAAUGCUGAAGAAGCCAAACUAUAAGAAACUAGAACUCCAAGUAUAUGCAACAUUUUUUGAAAUUUAUAGUGGAAAGGUGUUUGACUUACUAAAUAGGAAAACAAAGUUAAGAGUCCUAGAGGAUGGAAAGCAGCAGGUGCAAGUGGUAGGGCUGCAGGAACGGGAGGUCAAGUAUGUGGAAGACGUGCUGAAGCUCAUCGACAUCGGCAACAGCUGCAGAACAUCUGGUCAGACAUCUGCAAAUGCACACUCAUCUCGGAGCCAUGCAGUGUUUCAGAUCAUUCUUAGGAGGAAGGGGAAACUACAUGGUAAAUUUUCUCUCAUCGACCUGGCUGGGAACGAAAGAGGAGCUGAUAUGUCCAGUGCAGACAGGCAAACCAGGCUUGAAGGUGCUGAAAUUAAUAAAAGCCUUUUAGCACUCAAGGAGUGCAUCCGAGCCUUAGGUAGAAAUAAACCCCAUACUCCUUUCCGAGCAAGUAAACUCACUCAGGUGUUGAGAGAUUCCUUCAUAGGUGAGAAUUCUCGCACUUGCAUGAUUGCCACGAUCUCUCCAGGAAUGGCAUCCUGUGAAAACACUCUUAAUACAUUAAGAUAUGCAAAUAGGUAUGAAAGUGAUUCCUACAUUUUAAAUUUGAAAUCUAGGGAAGCCAGGCAUGGUGUUGUAGCCUUUGAUGAUGCGGAGGCAAAAUGAUCACCAGUUCCAUGGUAUUCUACCCUCUACCAUGAAGUCUGUAUCACAGCUACCAGAAGACCCUAUAGGUCAAGCUUUAUCCCAUUUCUCUUCAAAUUUUCAAAAUAAAGUUUUACAUUUUCUUUAAAAUGAUUUAGAAUUGUUUUGUAAAAUUGAAAAAAAGGUAGAAAAAUGUUGUAUAAUUAGAUAAGACUGACAUCCUUAUUAUUUGUCCCAUAAUGUGAUUGUAUGUUUCCAUUUCAGCAAGUUAUGAUUCAUAAUAUUUACUAAGUUUCAGUGAUGGAAAUUCUUGUUAUUAUUAUAUAAUAUUAUUAAAUAUUUUUAUAGAUCAUUAGAAAAAAA